AUGCGCCGUCUUGCGCGUGAGCGGCUUUUUAUUGUUGCGGCUGCCACUGUGAAGCAAAGAUGUGGGUGCGCGGAUGCUUCUGGCCAAGGCUUGCUGCCGUACGAUGUUCUUCGUGGUGAGGGAAGUAACGUCGAGGUGCGCGCGUGGAUCAAAGGCGUCGAGGUGGAGCGCUCAGCGCAUGAGCAGUUAAUUCAACUCUCACGUAUGGGUGAAAUCAUUCGGCACCCCAUUGCCGUCAUGCCGGAUGUACACACGGGCCAUGGCGCCACCGUAGGAACUGUGAUCCCGACAACGCGCGCGCUGAUUCCGGCGAGUGUUGGGGUAGACAUCGGCUGUGGCAUGAUCGCGGUGAAGACCACUCUUACCCCGGAGGACCUUCCGGGAUCGCUUGUGGGGUUACGGUUGGCCAUUGAAAUUGCCGUUCCUCACGGACGUACACACAACGGCAGGAGCGGCCUGGAUGCUGGAAGUUGGCGGGGCGAGUUACCAAAAAAUGUUGUUGAUAUUUGGAAUUUACACCUCCGGAAGGGGUUUGAGGAAAUAUGCGCGAUGCAGAAGUCGAUUGAAGCUAGCAAUCAUAUUUCCCACCUCGGGACACUGGGAGGUGGAAAUCAUUUUAUUGAAAUUUGCAUUGAUGAUGAUAUUAAGAAUGAUGCCCAACGCCCGCAUGUGUGGGUGAUGCUACACUCCGGAUCUAGGGGAGUGGGGAACCGCAUUGGCACCGUCUUUAUUGAGCUGGCCAAGAAGGACAUGGGCAAUCAUAUCACUCAAUUGCCCAGUGCUGAGCUUGCGUACCUGCGAGAAGGCUCCCCUCAUUUUGACCAAUACGUGAAAGCUGUUGACUGGGCUCAGCGGUACGCCAAAUGGAACCGAGAAAUCAUGCUGCAGAAUGUAUUGCAGGCCAUGCGAAGUUAUCUGCCGCAGCCCUUUGGUGUUGAUGCGACAGCCAUAAACUGCCAUCACAAUUACAUUGAACGUGUGGAGUUGAGCCCGCAGAAUUCUGUUUGGCUGACAAGAAAAGGGGCCACAUCCGCACGCGGCGGAGAAAUGGCAGUGAUUCCAGGCAGCAUGGGCACGAAAAGCUAUAUUGUGCGUGGGAAGGGCAGUCCGCUCAGUUACUCUUCCUGUUCACAUGGUGCCGGCAGGCUAUACAGUCGUGGAGAGACGAAACGGCGAUUUACACUUGAGGAUCACGAGGCGGCUACGGCUGAUGUGGAGUGUCGCAAGGAUACUGACGUGCUUGACGAGACCCCGCUGGCAUACAAAAAGAUUGAUGAUGUAAUGCGGGCUCAGGGAGACCUUGUGGAGGUUGUGUGUGCGCUUAAACAAAUUCUUUGCGUGAAGGGGUAA